GAUGACCCGUGUCCACAUGAUGUCGGUAUCGACCUUGUGUCUCUGUCUCGCUCUCUUUCUUUUAUCAGAUGUAAGUCAGUCGAAAAAGAAUGAUUGUGAUACGUGUACAAAUCUAGUGGACUCAAUGAAGAAGGGCAUGGAUAAAACGCGAACGUCCAAUUUUGGGGGAGGCAAUUCAGAGUGGGAAGAAACUCGGUUAGGUUCAUACGCAACAAGUGAAACGAGGCUUGUGGAAAUCUUAGAUUCAUUAUGUGGGUCGUCUGAUCAUGAUUGUAACUCUAUGUUGGAAGAAUAUGAAGAGUCUCUAGAAGAGUGGUGGUUUAAACGACAAGAAAGUGACAACGACUUGAAAAUAUGGCUAUGUGAAAAUACUAUAAAAGUUUGCUGCCCUCCGAACACAUUUGGACCCACAUGUGAAGAAUGCCCUGGUGGUAAAGACAACCCAUGCAGUGGGAAAGGAGAGUGUUUGGGAUCUGGAAAACGAGACGGAUCUGGAAAGUGUUCUUGUGAAGUUGGAUAUGAAGGAAACACAUGUGAAGCAUGCUCUGAAGGAUAUUAUGAAGAUAAUGACAAAAACUGCUCAAGUUGUGAUCUUUCCUGCUCACUUACGUGUCACAGUGCUGGACCACAAGGUUGUGACAGUUGUAAACACGGAUAUAAUCGAACAGAGGUGGGAUGUCAAGAUGUUGACGAGUGUGCGAAUGACACAUCACCUUGUGAUGGCGGUCACUACUGUGUCAACAUUGAGGGCUCAUACUCAUGUCUAGUGUGUGACAGUGCAUGUGCAGAUAACUGCACAGGUCCUGGACGUAGUGGAUGUCAUGCAUGUACUGAAGGCUACUUGAUGAACGAGGAGUUACCAGGAUGUGAAGAUGUUGAUGAAUGUAAAGGGAACAGCUCACGAUGUGAAACAGGACGCUACUGCAAGAAUACUGUUGGAUCGUUUGAAUGCGAAUUUUGUGAUGUUUCAUGUGCAACCGAUUGCACUGGAGAAGGGCCACAACACUGCAUCGACUGUAGUCAAGGAUACAAAAUGCAGGACGAUACCUGCAAAGAUGUCGACGAGUGUACAGCGGACGUCCAACCUUGUCAGACAGACACAGAGGAAUGUAUUAAUGCAGCAGGCUCGUAUGAGUGUGACUGCAAAAAUGGAUAUGAACGGACAGAAAGUAAUGAGUGUAUUCCUAUCCCACAGCAAGAGUCAGACACAAAGACAUCAGACGAGGAGCAAUUGGACACAGACCCUUUGGAAUCAGCCGACAGUGAAGGAGCCUCGUCUGACGUAGAAUCAGAGGACUCUCAAGAUCAAUCAAUAGAACACGUUCGCGACGAACUUUGAUAUUAGCUUGGGCACGUGUGCCUGAAUUGUAGAGUUCUUGAGUUUGCAUAGAAUAUAAUAAAUGACAUCAUACUGUACACAU